AUGCCGAAAAGUUUGAAGAUCUACAGGGCUACAGUACCUACUUACGCUGAGGAUUAUCCGAAAUUCAACCUGUUCUACUAUCUUGCCAAAGGAUUUCGCCGAAAACCAGUCCAUCACUACUUCAGGCCAUUUUGGUUGAACGUCUACGGCAGUUUUCUGCAUCGUAGAAAUUCGCCGAAAUUCGCUCUGAAUUGGUUAACUGAACUUGGUCACGACUACAUGAAUCAAGUCAAUGUUGCUGAUGAGGACUUUGCCGAGUUUCUCACGGAACACUUCGAUCUACUCAAG